AGCUGAACUACACAGUAUUUUUUUAGGGGUCACACUUCUGUGUGAUUCAAAUUUCUGUGUGAAUCUUAACAGGACAAAAAAAAUUUCAUGUUUGCUGCUUUCAGCUGCGUCUGCUGCGCAUGGCCUCCGAUAUGGCAAUGGCAUGCUCCACAGCGCAGUCUACUGUGGCCGCCAUGCCAUGCCGCAAUGGGCCUUGUCGCCAACGCGACACUGAACUUUUGGAUGGGGCUUUGCCCUCUUGGCUUCUGCGCUGUGUAGCUUCCAGCAUGCUAGCGGACAUAAAAAGAGAGAGACAGCCAGCUAUUGAUGCGAUAACUCCACUUAUAGUUGAAGGAGUCAAAGAAUUUUUGCACCGUGAGAUUUUUGGGAUGACAUCCUUUGAAAGUGAGGCCUUUCGAUGGUUAGUUAGGAAAGUGUCUCAGGGCCCCUGUAAUAUAUGCUUUUUUGUAUACUGGUUGCUCUCAAGUAUUUUGUUAAUAAACAAAAGGCAUUUGCUUCUUUUGUCUGCCAUACCAUUAAACUUGCAUUGUGAGCAUCUGUCUGAAGGGUAGUAUCAUGGCUUUAAUGUUUGUUCAUGCACAUCAUGGUUGCUCUGUUGAAAUCAUUAACUUGUUUUUUUAUUAUUCAGAAUUUCAAUCACAGGUACUUCGGCUGUUAAACAUCGUCAGGCUGACUGUACAGGAAAUUUUGAGUAAUCUGGAUGCCUAUGUGGCUCAAGGCAAGGUGACCUCUGCACCCGCUGUACUAGUGCAGCAGCCAUUUGAGACGGUGGAUGCCCUUCUGAACUUUGAAGCAUCACUUGGUCCAGAGGAUGCUAAUGUCCUGGCCAACGAACUUGUGCAGCUUGGGGGUAGGAACACAAAUGCGGCAGUUAAGCGUAUGCUUAUUUACCUCUUUGCCGACAAGCUGGCUGCUGAACACUCAUGGCAUGGGAAGAAAGGAAAAUGGAAGUUUGCUGAUCUUCGGCUGUGUCAGCAUUUGUUCACUACUGUCAAGAGGCACUUCCCGCAAAGUACAAAGGAUGAUGUUGAGCCAACCACUAAUUCAUGGCUUCGUCAUACUCCUGAGAGGGCUAAUGGAAGAAAGGGAGCUAGAGACAAGUGAAGUGGCAACACCACGAGCAGAACUGGGAACGAGCUCGUCUACACCAUGCCGAUGCUGCAGCCCGGACACAAGAACAGGCUCGUGCAGCCAAGCGUAAGCAGCAACUGCGUACUGAGGAUCUGGCAGCCUACCAAGCCAUUGUUUAAUGAACCGUCGAGAUUAACCCAGUGAUAAACACCGGGGCUGCAUGUUUCAGCUUCGCUGGUUAACCAUCUGUAUGGAGUGCUUGGGCGGUGAUUUUUCUAAGUAAACUUUAUUUUUUCAUUAAACAUAUUUUGCGUGGUCUUGUUUUAUAUGAUCAUCAGAAUCCUUUCCACAUGAUGUUGGGAGCAUACACUAACUUGUGUGCAGUGAAGCUCACUUUUGUCAGUGUAAAAUAGUAAAAUUCAUCUUUCAGACAGAAAAUUUUCACAUAGUCUUGCUUUAGGUGAGCAUCACUCAAAUGCAUGCAAAAACUAUUCCGUCUUUUUUGCAAGUAUUUUUCAAUUUUGAUCAUACUUAAAGGCUUAACUGAAUUUAGUAACUGUUUUAGGUAUUGUAGAGAACUGAGAAAAUAAAGGUAGAUAUGCAUGCAUACAAGCAUAUUAACUUGCUACUUUAACUUCACUGAACAGGAAUAGCCUUUUUUUUUAAACCAGUGCAAAGGCUAGCAGAAAAUGCUGCAUUAGUUGAGCUGCACAACAGCAAUGCCAACAGAGUAGGCAGAAUGCAAGCUGAACAUGGAAAAGAGCACCAAGAAGGUGGUAAAACACAGAAUGUGUGGCUGAGUGCCAGUGCCUCAUUAAACAGUAGUUUGCACUUCUUUCUCGCAUAAUAGGAAUGUUCAAGCUAGACAGAUUUCAUUGGCAGAUGAAGACUGGCUGUUUUCAUAAGCAGGGACGCUUAGAACAUUUUAAAUCACCAUAAAACUGGUUUCAGAUAUUAGCACCGAGCAUCCACUGAGUAUUAUUUUAUUUAUAUUUGAAACACUGCCACCGAGGCUGCGCACUUCGAUGCAGCAAUGCGAGUUCAAUGAUCACACUCACAGGCAAGUGCCUUCUACAGCAAGUAUCACUAAACGUUUCCAUGCAAUGGCCUGCGCAUUACAGCGAGGGCUGUCGCUGGCGAGACAAAUUGCUAGGCAAGACUAAAUUUGCCUGUCUGACAGGGAUUAUUAGCCUACUACCCCCCCCCCCCCCCUUUUUGGUCGGUACCAUGUUUCUAGCCUCUUUACUCCGGCUGUCUUUCUAAUAAAAACAAGGACUUUAAAAAACUGCAAUACUAGUUGAUAUCUAACCUGGCUCCUCAAGCACAGCAGCCCAAUGCUGAAUCUGCUCGGCCACGAUCAAGGACUGGGCAAUGAGGGAUUAAUUCAUAGUAUUAGCACACACUGGCAUACCAUUGUUGCAAUCUUAAAGACCACACAUAAGGAGCUUCGCUGCUAGAUGGCAUAGUAUGUAAAGGAGUGUGGGAAUAAGGAGCCCGACUACAGUACAUGGCUCAUACACGACGCAUUUCGGCAGUGGCUGUUUCAGUUCUCUCUAAAGAGCUUCAAACUGGAUCAUACGAUAAAAAAACAACGGCAGUAUAUUAUCAAGUGGCAUUUAUGAACACGGGUGCCAGCAUGUGCUUUUAUCCAUCAUUACAUGUGCACCACCACUUGAAUGCUAAUCACAAUGACGAUGGUUAACAUUCCCAAGGGAUAGGCUCCACCUAAAUUCUUUCCUUAUUUCACUUCAGUACCCCAGCCAACUUGUUUACAUAUGUGAAGUGCUCAUUUUUACAGUACCAGAUGUUUUUUUUUACAAUUAAAAAAAAAACUGCUUGUGCCAUAUAUAGCACAGUUCUAAUCCCUAUACUGGAAUGUGCAAAAAGGUGGACAUUACUUGCACAAUAAAUCAAUAUAACUAAUUAACAAAAAAUACUUAUAAGAGCUUAAAUUAUUUUCUUGACAGCACAUAUUGCAACUUAUAAAUUCUAGCCAGUGAAUAAGCAAGGCAUAUCCAGUAAAAAUCAAUUCUAAGGACGGCACCAGUUUCCAGACUUGAGCUAUGAAACUUUUGGCAAGAAUGCAGUGUUGCUCCAUUACCUUUUUAACGAAACGCUGUUUUAUGCAUUGAAGUACAAAAGUAACUGGACCACCAAUGCAUUUCGUUGCACAUUUCGGGUAUUAUUAUCUCGAAAUUCACGUCAUCCUGAUAAUUUGUUCCAAACGGAUAUGCCUUGUGAACUCACCGGCUGCAAUUUGUAAAUUGCAAUAUUUGUUGUAAAACAGUUCGUUCAGAACUUAAUUAGUUACUUUGUAAUUGGUCAACUAUGCACUUUGAUUUCUUGUGCAACUUCCGCCUCUUUCAGUAAUCCAACUGAAGGACUAGAACUUUGCUACCUGUGACAGGCGAUGUUUAAAAAUUCUGUGCUGUCAAAAAAAAAAAAAGAAAGGAGAGAGAGAACAGAUAUCACUUUUUGCUUGAAGAAAAUCCAAACACACCGCUGGAAAGUUGUGCAUUCUUUACCCUUUGAUAAAAUUCAUUUUCGAUCUUUUUGAAACAAAAUGAACAAUUAGGGUUUUUUCACUGGUAGUGUGUGUAGUGCAUGCAAGGUACAACUAUGACAAACACUUUAGAGUCCAUGGCAUAACUGAUUUGCUCCCAGUUUCUUUACUAUCAGUUCACAGUUUUCAUCUUGUGUCACAGGAUUUCCCUUGCUCUCAAUGUUAUUUCCAUUUGAAUAUUGCUCCGGAGACAUCACACGGCUCAACAACUCCUUAUACUAUCACCUAAGAUCCUUGCUGCUUUUGUGCAAGGUUGUGUUUUCCUUCAGAAUUCCAUCACAUUUGAAGAGAGAUGAUUCAAAAUUUCAAUUUAUAAGCUUCGCGUUUUCUUCCAUGUCAAUCCCUCGAUUGGUGAUAGAGCAAAACAAUAGUCAUUUCAUUAUAUCAUCCAGUGUGGAAGCAAGCAAAUGCAUACUCUGGUGAUUUCAUUCACCAUUAGAUUACUUUCUUGUGCAUUUUAUUUAUUUGUAUUUUGCCUUCUUUCUUUGCUUGGUAUCAAGUGCAUUGUUUGUUCUUGUAUAUCAUCUGUAUAGUACACCAAUCUCUGUAAUGAUCCCGCUUGCGAGAUUGACAGUAUACUAACAUAAAUUACUAAAAUAUUAUUUAACUAGCCGUCUGUUCUGUAAGGCCCCCCUGAGCUCCACUCUUGUAUAUCAUUCUGUUUUCUGCAGCUGAUCUACCGCCUUA